AUGCGCAGAGCCUCCCGGCGCCGUGCUGCGCUUCCUGAAAACUGUGAGACAUUUGACGUCAAGUCCAUCAUCAUAAUUGUCAUUGGGUCCAUCAUCCUGGUUGCUGUGUUUGUGCUGAUCGGUCUCAUCAUCAGUGUUCACUCCAAAGUGGCCGACUCAACCAAGUCAGUCACACCUGCAAAAAAGACCUGCCUUGCUGUGCCCUUGAAGAAGAAGAAUUCAGUCGUUGACACCCAGGCCAUAUCUGUCACCCCUGUGCCUUCUGCCACCCUCCAGGUCUGUGAGGAAUGCAGCAUGUAUGCGGCGUAUGACCCCAUCCCGCCUUGUUUCUGUGACACAAACGAGGGGCUCUGA